AUGGUCACCACCCGCUCCUCCGCCGCAGCCCAGGCGCGCUCACGAUCAGGCACACCGGCCACCCAGCCCACGCCGUCCCCCGCCAAAAAAGCAACCCCCAGCAUCGACCCCGCUACCAAGAAGCGGACUAUCGCCCACAUGAACAAGGACCACACCGACGACAUGUCCGCCAUCCUGCAGCACUACUCCCACCUGUCCGUCUCGCAGGCCGACGGCGCGGAGAUGCUAGACAUUGACCUCACUGCCAUGACCAUUCGCUCCGCGUCGGGCACACAUACCGUCCCUGUUACCCCUCCCAUGGACACCUGGGACGACCGCCGGGUGAGGCUGGUGGCCAUGACGGCCGACGCGCGCAAGGCCCUGGGGCUCGACGACGACGACGGUCACGACGUCGCCCCGGCCGCCACCCCGGCCGCCGAGGACACGAGCACGAGCUCCGGCCCUGGCGCACAGCCCGCGGCCCCGCGCCACGUCCCUCCCCAAGGCACAGACUGGAUCAGCUUCGCGGGCGUGUCCUUCUACUUCCUCUGCGCAGGCCUUGUCUACAGCAAGCUCGUGACCCCGGAGUCCCCCGCCUGGCGCGCCCUCGAGGCCGUCCGCUUCCCCCAGGGCCCCGUGGGCUUCAUCUGGCUGGUCGAGGCGCUCUUCAUGCCCGUGCUGGCCAUCCACGUCGCCGAGGCCUGGUGGAUGGACCGCUCGCGCCUCGCCCCGGCCGGUGUGGCCCGCGGCUCGAGGGUCUGGCUCCUGUGGGUCUGCAACGCCUUCCUCGAGGGCGUGCCGGCGUACCGGCGGUGGGAUCGGGUCGUCAAGGCCAAGGCCGACUAG